CAUCGUUCAAGGUCGUUAUACCUACCACUAUGAAGAGUUUAAUUGGAGAAACAGUUUUAAUUACUGGUGCUGGCCGUGGUAUUGGUCGAGAGUUAGCAAUUCAAUUAGGUUUAAUGGGUUGCAUAGUAAUUUGUUGGGACGUAGAUAUAAAUGCCAAUCGAUCGACGAUGUCUGCUGUAUCAAAAAAUGGUGGAGAGGUUAUAAUAUUUUCAAAAGUUCUUGAAACACGAUAUCGAAUACAAAGAAAUUGUUUAGGUUUAUGGUUUCGUUGUUGACGUUUCGAAGAGAUUAGAAGUACGUGAAACGAUAAGAAUGAUGAGGAAAGUUGGAAUACCGGAAAUUACCAUUCUGAUUAACAAUACUGCCAUAUUAUAUCAUCGUUCACUUCUCAACCAUAAUUCGGAUGAUAUUGAACGAACGUUUAAUGUCAACGUUUUAUCGCAUUUUUGGACGAUUGAAACAAUACUUCCAUCAAUGUUACAACGAGGUAGAGGUCACAUCGUAGCUAUAAGCAGUAUGUGUGGAAUAUACGGAGUUUCGCAGAAAGUCCCUUACUGUGCUUCAAAAUUCGCAGUUAGAGGUUUAAUGGAAGCUCUGCAUGAAGAAGUGAGAAUGAAUCCUAGAAAACUUGACAUACAUUUUACAACUAUUUAUCCAUUUUACGUUGACACAGGAUUAGCAAAGGAUCCUAAAUAUAGAUUUUCUUACAUUUUUGGAGUCGUUUCAUCGGAAUACGCAGCUCGUGAAAUUAUUAAAGCAAUUAGAAAAAAUUACACGGAAUAUUCCAUACCACGAUGUCUUCUUUCCCUGAAUUCCAUAAACAGGAUCAUUCCUGAGUCAGCAAUGAGAUUGAUUCUGGAUUUCCUCGCAGACGUCGAUCAAAAGCGAAUUGAAGGAACUUUGAACCACGUCGAAAAUUAA